CAAACGGUCUCAACAAGCUUGAAGCGUCUGAGAUCCUCCAUCUCUUCACUUGGACCUCCCUUCCGGCCAGGCAUUCGACAUGGCCUCCCCAACCGUAAACGUUGUGCGGUAUUCAGCACUAUUUGCCGGUGUGUUCUACGGCGUCGUACAUCGCCGCACGUUACAAAAACAACAUAACGAAGCACUUCAACAAGUGGCACAGCACGAGCGUGAAGAGCUUGUGAAGCGGGCGAAAGAGGCGUGGAAACACAAACUUGAGGCGGGCAAGGAUGCAUUGGUAACAAACCCAGACGACCCGAACUUCGACCUCGAGAAGCUCAUCGCAAGGUGGGAAAAGGAAUACCAAUGAUUGCUCAUAUUCGUCCUUCGUCACUCUCCUUUCCCCACAUCUUUACAUUGCUUUGCAUUUGUGACACAAAUAGUCGCAAGACUCCAACAUGUACACUUGCAUAUCUAUUCCGGUUCGUGCGCCCACAACGUGCUAGAGUGGCGGAUGGCGCCGGAUUUAAUGCAUGCAACUCAAAAUCUCAAUUGAGUAUUUA